CCUCCCAAGCUGUGCGGAGGGCGGCAGAGCUAGUUCCUGAAAGUUGAAAAUCUCGUUUCCUUCCUUCUGAGCUUCUCUUCCAAGGCACCCAGAGGAUUAGGAAAGAGAUGCAGCUAGGAAGAGAGUCGCCUCUUUGAGGUCUCCCUCUUGCUGUUCAGUUUGGGAAAAUUUGCUGCAGAGCCUUCGAGAUAAACAGGAGCAGGAGGAGCCAACCAAAGCCUCCCUUGCAGGAGCAUCUCAGAGCUCAUCUCUUGUCCUGGAUGUAAGUGUGUGUACCUUACCAGGGAUGUGACUGAACAUUUUUUUCUGCAGUGCUUUCCUACAGGGCAGCCCAAGAUGGCCAGGAAUUGCUCAGAAUGCAAGGAGAAGAGGGCGGCACACAUCCUCUGCACCUACUGCAACCGCUGGCUGUGCAGCUCCUGCACCGAGGAACACCGACACGGGCCUGCCCCAGGGGGGCCACUCUUUCCCCGUGCCCAGAAGGGGUCUCCAGGAGUGAAUGGUGGCUCCGGGGACUUCGCUUUGUACUGCCCUCUACACACACAGGAAGUGCUCAAACUGUUCUGCGAGACCUGUGACGUGCUCACUUGCCACAGCUGCCUCCUGGUGGAGCACAAGGAGCACAGGUGCAGACAUCUUGAAGAAGUUCUGCAAAACCAAAGGAUGCUUCUGGAAAGUGUGACUACCCAGGUGGCCCAUAAGAAAUCCAACCUGCAGACAUCUGCAAAGCAAAUUGAGGACAGGAUUUUUGAAGUGAAGCAUCAACACAGGAAGGUAGAAAACCAGAUAAAAAUGGCCAAAAUGGUUCUGAUGAAUGAGCUGAACAAACAGGCCAACGGGCUCAUAGAGGAGUUGGAGGGCAUUACGAAUGAGAGGAAGCGGAAGCUGGAGCAGCAGCUGCAGGGCAUCAUGGUUCUCAACCGUCAAUUUGAGCAUGUACAGAACUUCAUCAAUUGGGCGGUCUGCAGCAAAACCAGCAUCCCUUUCCUUUUCAGCAAAGAACUGAUUGUGUUCCAGAUGCAACGACUGCUGGAGACAAGUUGUAACACGGAUCCUGGUUCCCCUUGGAGUAUCAGGUUCACCUGGGAGCCUAACUUCUGGACCAAGCAGCUGGCUUCCCUUGGCUGCAUAACUACCGAAGGAGGACAGCUGUCCCGGGCCGAAACUCCAGCAUAUGGCAGCUUGCAGGCGCCAUCAUCCUUUUACCAAAGCCACCAAUCCCCGGUGACGGUGACGCAGCAAGAGGCGCUUAGCCACUCCUCACACAAGUUCCAGCCCCAAGCCCUGUGUUCCUCAUCUGUGUGCUGCUCCCACUGCUCCCCGGGCUCACCCGCCCUCAAAGGCCAGCCCCCGCCGCCCCCCAGCAUACACCCCACCCACGGCUUUAGGCAGCCCCCGGAGAUGGUGCCUCAGCCGCUCGGGCCCCUGCAGUGCCCCACCCUGCUGCCCAGAGAGAAAGAGCUGCCCUGCAAUCCUCACCCACCAAAGCUGCUGCAGCCCUGGCUGGAAGCCCCGCCGCCCGCUGAGCCCGAGGGCACGCCCCACAGGCUGGGCCAGCCGCCGACCACCCAGCCUGUGUGCAUCGUGCCUCCACAGGAUGUUCAUCCAGGAGCCCAUGCCCAGCCCACCUUACAGACACCCUCUAUCCAAGUCCAGUUUGGCCACCACCAGAAGCUAAAGCUUAGCCACUUUCAGCCGCCCCCGCCCCCGCCGCAGCAGCUCCCUCCACCCCCUCCACCCCCCCCACCACCACAGCAGCCACCCCCACCGCCAUCCCAGCAUCUGGCUCCCAGUCAGCAUGAGAACCCUCCUCCUGGGCCUGCCUGUUCCCAGAACGUGGACAUCAUGCACCACAAGUUUGAGCUGGAGGAAAUGCAGAAGGAUCUCGAGCUCCUCCUGCAGGCUCAGCAACCCAGCCUGCAGCUGAGUCAGACCAAGUCGCCUCAGCACCUUCAGCAAACCAUCGUGGGGCAGAUCAACUACAUCGUGAGGCAGCCCGCACCUGUCCAGUCCCAGACGCAGGAGGAGACGCUGCAGGCUACAGACGAACCUCCAGCGUCAGAGGGCCCAAAGCCCGUGCUCCCUCUCAACAAGAAUACUGCAGCCGCUUUGCCCCAGACAUCUGGGGAAGAGACCCCGCUCAGUGUCCCCCCGCUGGACAGCACCAUCCAGCACUCCUCUCCGACUGUGGUGAGAAAGCACUCCACCUCGGUGAGCAUCAUGGGCUUUUCCAACACGCUGGAGAUGGAGGUGUCCUCUCCCAAGCUGACGAGGUCCCUUGAGCCCCAGAUCCAGAAUGUGAGCAGCUUGUCAGCUGGCCCACCUCAGGCAGUGCCAGUCCGGCUGAGUGGGCCCCUGGCAAGUGGUCAAAGCCAGAUCAUGCCUGGUCUGACAACUAGCCACCUGCAGACUGUGCCCAGCCUCGUUCGUGGCACCUAUCAAUCCAUGCCUAGCCUGCUGAGUGACCACCCCCAGGCCUUCCCAAGUACGGCAAGUCAUCAGUCUCAGCCUGGUCACGGCCUAAUGCCUGGUCACGGCCAGGCCAUGUCGAGUCUGGCCACCUGCCCCUUGCAGAGCAUGUCACCAGCUUCUGACACACAGCAGGAAACAGGAUCCAGCACUGGCUUGAGUUCUGGCUCCGGCUCCGGCUCUGGCUCAGCCGGAGCUGUGCCCGUGUGCCCUGUGGAUGGUGCAGACCACUCCCUGGGGAAUACCCUGUGUAAGAUGGAGAAUGAGGAGCCUGCUCGCUUCACUGACUCUCUGGUGCCUGGCCCCGCGGCCCUUGGUCUGGAUGCACCCAAGGACUUGACUCUCCCCUCAGAGCCAGAGGAACCAAUCAACCUGUCGGUGAAAAGACCGCCCCCGGCCCCAGCCGUUGUCAGCACCUCCAUGGCUCUGCAGCACUACCGGAACCCUAAAGAGUAUGAGAAUUUUGAACAAGGAGCCCUCAAGUUGGAUACAAAGGAGAACCAGAGCAUCAGAGCCUUCGGCAAUGAGCCCAAGAUCCCCUAUGUGCGGCUGGAGCGGCUCAAGAUCUGUGCUGCCUCCUCAGGAGAGAUGCCUGUGUUCAAGUUGAGACCCCAGAAGGAUGACCAGGAUGGGAGCUUCCUGCUGAUCAUCGAGUGCGGCACGGAGUCCUCCAGCAUGUCCAUUAAGGUCAGCCAGGACAGCGCGCUGGAUGCCACCCAAGCCCCAAGUCUUGGAGGAAGAAAGGUCACCGUUACAUCUCUAGCUGGGCAGCGGGUGCCAGAGGUGGAGGGUGCAUCUUCUGAGGAGCACAGGCUCAUCCCUCGGAACCCUGGCACCAAGAAGGGCCCUCCGGCACCCAUAGAGAAUGAGGACUUCUGUGCUGUGUGCCUCAAUGGGGGAGAGUUGCUGUGCUGUGACCACUGCCCCAAAGUCUACCACCUCUCCUGCCACGUGCCGGCCUUGCUCAGCUUUCCAGGGGGGGAGUGGGUGUGCACCUUGUGUCGUAGCCUGACCCAGCCUGAGAUGGAAUACGACUGUGAGAACGCUCGCUGCGACCAGCCCGGAGUGCGGGCACCUCCUGGACUGAGCGUGUAUGACCAGAAGAAGUGUGAGAAGCUGGUCCUGUCCCUGUGCUGCAACAGCCUCAGCCUUCCCUUCCACGAGCCGGUCAGCCCCCUGGCCCGGCAUUAUUACCAGAUUAUCAAGCGGCCCAUGGAUCUGUCCAUCAUCCGAAGGAAGCUGCAAAUGAAGGACCCGGCCCACUACACCACCCCAGAAGAGGUGGUGUCCGACGUGCGCCUCAUGUUCUGGAACUGUGCCAAGUUCAAUUAUCCCGACUCUGAGGUGGCAGAGGCUGGCCGCUGCCUGGAAGUCUUCUUUGAAGGCUGGCUUAAGGAGAUCUACCCGGAUAAGCUGUUUGCCCAGCCCAGGCAGGAGGACUCAGACUCGGAGGAGGUGUCUAGUGAGAGUGGAUGUUCCGCUACCCAGGGCUUCCCGUGGCCCCACUACGUGCAGGAGGGCAUCCAACCCAAGAGGAAACGGCGACAUCUGGAGACCGAGAGAGCCAAAAAAAUGUCAUUCCGUCUAGCCAGCAGCAUCUCCCAGGUGUGAGCGCUGGAAGGGGCCCGAGCACUGGCAGUGUGUGCCCCAGCCUACUGACCACUCCUUCCCGCCUUUCAACUCAUUCUCUUCAGGUUGUGGGUGUGAGACGACUCUUGUCGAGCUGUGUAGUGCUCUUCUUUGCCGUUUGAUCCUACCACAUUUCCUUGGGAGCCAUAAUGCAUCCACUACAGAGAAGAUUCCAGUAAUAAACAGCAAAGAGGGAGAUAUUCCCUAGUACCAAAAUAUCCGAUGUCUAGGGUCCAGUAGACAAGACCAAGGCUGAUCAGGCUCGGGAGGACCAGACUUCUUUGGUGGAUUCUUUCUGCUGUGGAAAGCAGACCUUUCUCACCUCUCUCACCUCUCGGUGUCCAGGGCUGAGGAGCAGGACCUAUGUCUGAACUCCUGCGCUUAUAAGUGAUUAAGAGGGAGAGAGGAUCUGGCAUACAGCAGGCCUGUGAUCCCUGGCCCAGCGCAGCCAAAGACUGUCACUGUUUGCCUUUGUCCUACUGGCACAGAGGCACGCACCAUGGUCAGGGUAAUGGAGGCUUCUGGAGACCCGAGGUCUCAAUUGGUGCCUAUUCGGGUUCUAACGGUUUUCAGGGUAUUUGUCUCUCGCGCCCCCUUUCCCGGUGCUGACAUGGGUGACCCGGGAGAGUGCUAUGAAUGGCGUGGCGUCUUGACGGGGUUGAGGGCAGUGCGAGGACCACUCAGAUCUUCACGUAAGGUCUCCUUCAGAGCCUACCCACUGUGCCACUUACGUUAACCAGCAAUCCUGACUUCUGUUUGGGUAAACUGAGGGGCAGCUACUCUCUGCUUCAGGCCGAGAGUUCUCUAGGCAAGUUGAGUGACCCAUCAACAACUCACUCUGCUGUGCCUCUUGCGGAGAGAUCCUGCUUCUCGAUCCCUCCACUUUCACAGAGCCAAAGAGCAGAAGUGGGCUCUCUGAGUAACCUGCCUCCAGCCUGUCCACAGCCCAGGAAAAGCCAAGACUGCUGGUAGCGCUGUUUUGUUGGGGGUUGGAGAAGACUAGAGGGGCCAGCAGGAGCUAGCUUUAAGAUUCAUGGGGAGAGUCUAUCUAGGAGGGAGAGGGGCGAAAUUGAGAGGCAAUGGAGCCAGUGUCUUUUGAUGACUCUGGAGCAACUUCAGGACUUGAGUUCUUCUGGGAACACAGAGGAGAGUGCCAGGCAGCCAUGGGAGCAGGACCUGCAUGUUCCAUGCAGUGUCUCCGUGAGGGAGGGGACACCGUCAGCUGCUGAAGGUCAGGCCGCUUUCCAAGCUGGGGCUCGAUGGAGUAGGUAGGACCCAGUGCUGAUGUUUCUUGUGGAACCGUGACCUUGGCAUUGCUGUGACCGGGCCCCAAGACACAGUGCCCCUUGUUCCUGCCAUCACAUGGCUAAUUUCAAGGGAGUCUCAGGUCAUGGCUUUAUUUUUGCUAAGAGAUGCAGUUUAUGGAAAUUCUUAUCUGUAGGUGCUUUGCUAAUGGGCAAAAAAAAAGUUAUUUUCUUCUAAGUUAUUUAUUUUAUUGUUGUUGAGAAUAUACACAGCGUAUCAUACAACAAAUUCAAUGGUUUUUCCAUGUACAGUGUAUGGAGCAUGGAUUCUACUAUUUGAGUUGUACCACCAUUCUCUCCCUCCUUUCCAGGGUUUUUCUUCCCACAUCAGCAUCAAGUUGCUGCCCCUAAGGUUCCUAUCUCGUGUUUUCAGUUGCUGCUGUCACUUUGAUCCCAUGCAGAGUGCUGAAAAGAGCAUAAUGCUCAAGGGAGAGCCCUCUCCCCCCUUUUUAAAGCAAAACUGUUGUUUGGUUUUCAGAAAAUGUUGGGAUAUUUUUGGUGUAAGGUUUAAAGACUAUCUCAGGGCAAUAGUUUCAGGGGCUCAACCAGCCUCGAUGUCUCCAGAAAGUCUGGAGCCCAUGAGAACUUUUACGUCUGUUCUCCACUUCUUUUUUGAGCAGGAUCCAUCUACUACGGUAUCUUUGAUCACAGUGCUCAGUGAUGGUAGAUGGGCACCAUCAAAGCGGCAAUUCACCACACAUUCCAUGUUCUCCUCCCGUUCCUGACUCUCUUCUGUUGCGCCGGGUAACUAGAGACCAAUUUUAGUGCCUAGGAUGGCCACUUGCAAGUGCUUAAGACCCCAGGUACACUACACAACGAACGAGGAGGUAGAACAGAAGCAAUGGACUGGGAUGCCCAGGAAACCAUGGCCCUAACUCUCCUAACCAAGGACCCAAACCCACGAGGUGCUUGUUGAUAUGUAAGCAGCCGCAGCAGCUACUCUUGUUUUUAAGUCUCUGUUACAUCAUACUUUUGCCAAUUCAACUUUUUAUAGGUGUACAACUUAUUGACAGUAAUUACAAUAAUUGGCUGUGCAACUCUACCCUUAAUCAAUGCAAUUUUCCAUCAUCAGCAACCUCCCUUCCUUUUCCCUCCCUGGUAACCAAUAAUAAACUUUGGCCUCUAUA